GCUCUAGCAUUUGCAGCAGCUAUUGGUAUAACAUUUCUUGUUCUGGGAUGUGCUUUACCACAGUUUAAUAAUUGGUGGCCUUUGUUUGUGUUAUUUUUCUAUUUUCUGGCACCCAUCCCCACGGUGGUGUCAAGAAGACUAUCUUCAUUUGAUAGUGCCAGCAGUGCUUUAGUUGAAUUGUGUAUAUUUAUUACCACAGGAAUAGUUAUCUCGUCAAUAGGCUUACCUAUAGUUUUAGCUCAUGUUGGCACAAUACAAUGGGGUGCUUGUGGGUUAGUGUUAGCAGGAAAUGUUGUAGUGUUUGUAACAAUCAUGGGAUAUUUUGCUGUGUUUGCUAAUGAUGACUUUGAUUAUAACAACUGGUGA